AUGGACUCACUCAACCAAUUCAUCCCUCCGGCUCUCCUGCCUCUGGUGGACCAUCUCCGGACUCAGGGCCCGUUACUCGGCGUCACAUUGCUCUCGCUCGCAGCCGCGUACCUUGGUUAUCUCUACGUUCUGGGCAGGAAGGAAGCUGCCGUUACAUUCAAUGUGCCUAUUCCUCCAGAAAUUCGGGCCAAUUGGAAGGGCGAAAAAUGGGACAGCCUCCAAGGGGAGGGAAGAAAAGUGCUGGAGGGACAAGUUCGGGGGCAAUGGAACGACAACCUGAUCAUGAGCUAUUGUCCCGCGGACGGACGAGUACUCGGCAAUGGAAUCAAACCCGCAACUCCUGACGACGUCGAUCGCGCAGUUCUGGCUGCGAAGAGCGCACAACUGGAAUGGGCCAAUACUAGCUUUGCAGAGAGGAGGAAGGUCCUGAGGACAUUGCUGAAAUACGUCCUCGACCACCAAGAUGAACUCGUGACCGCUUGCUGCUUGGAUUCCGGUAAAACCAAAGUCGACGCUGCAUUCGGAGAGAUCCUCGUUACCGCAGAGAAGCUGAAAUGGACCCUCGACCACGGUGAAAAGGCCCUGGCACCGGAAUCGCGCCCGACAAACUUCCUCAUGAUGUACAAGAAGAACAUGGUCACCUACGAGCCUCUGGGCGUUGUCUCUGCCUGCGUCUCAUGGAACUAUCCCUUCCACAACUUCAUCUCCCCUGUUAUCAGUGCUAUCUUCGCAGGAAACGGUGUCGUCGUGAAGCCCUCCGAACAAACCGCAUGGUCCUCCGCUUUCUUCCUCGAGGUCAUCCGCGGCGCCCUCGCCAGCUGCGGCCACUCGCGCGACCUCGUUCAAAGCAUCGUCUGCCUCCCUAACGUCGCCGACCACCUGACCUCCCACCCGGACAUCUCCCAGUUGACCUUCAUCGGCUCCAAGCCCGUGGCCCACAAAGUCUGCGAGUCCGCCGCUAAAUCUCUCACCCCGGUGACCGUCGAACUGGGCGGCAAGGACCCAGCCCUGGUUCUCGAUGACUCCCGCACCGUCAGCGAAAUCCCCGCCAUCGCCUCGAUCCUCAUGCGUGGUGUCUUCCAAUCCGCCGGCCAGAACUGCAUCGGCGUAGAGCGCAUCAUCGCCCUGCCCAACGCAUACGACAAGCUCGUUGAAAUCGUUUCCUCCCGUAUCGCCCGUCUUCGCCUCGGCUCCAUCCUCCUAGACUCCCAAACCUCCGCCGGAACCCCUGACGUCGGCGCCAUGAUCUCCCCGGCCUCCUUCGACCGCCUGGAAUCCCUCAUCGCCGACGCCGUCAAGCAGGGUGCUCGUCUGAUCUGCGGUGGAAAGCGCUUCGAGCACCCGGAGCACCCUCUAGGCCAUUACUUCACCCCGACUCUCCUGGUAGACGUGACCCCGACCAUGAAGAUCGCCCAGCAGGAGCUCUUCGCUCCGGUCUUCCUCGUGAUGCGCGCCUCCUCCGUCCCCCACGCCAUCUCCAUCGCCAACUCAACAGACUACGGUCUGGGUGCCAGCGUCUUCGGCUACAACCAGACUGAUAUCGCGAAGUGCGUGGCGAACAUCAAGUCGGGCAUGGUGUCGGUCAAUGACUUUGGCAGCUACUAUGCGGUUCAAUUGCCGUUUGGUGGCGUCAAGGGAUCCGGAUACGGUCGGUUUGCGGGUGAAGAGGGCUUGAGGGGUGUCAGUAAUAUCAAGGCAGUCUGCGUGGAUCGGUUCCCUAAGCUUAUGGCGACGAGGAUUCCGCCCAGAGUGGACUAUCCUAUUCGCAAGGGUGACGGUGCGAAGCAGGACGGCACCGGUGCAUGGGAGAUGUGUAAGGGAGUCGUGGAGACGGGGUAUCAGAUUACGUUGGGAGGGAGAGUGAGUGGUAUUUUGAGGCUGUUGACGAAUAUGUAA